AGCAAUAUGUUGCUUUCGGUUACACUGUUUUGAAUAACAUGUUCUGAUGUCUUUUUGUUGAGUCAGUAGGCCUAUUUUGAAAAUGGUCUCAGAAUGCUAUGGUAGCAAUUUAUCUGCACUGACUUCUACUUUGAUUUGUCAUAUUAUACCCGAAACAACUCAUGUUUGAUACAUGAAUAGCCCGAGGGUAUUUGUGGUUUUCUCACGAAAAGACAGAUGACAAUUCAAUUGAUCGUAUAACUGAGUUUCCGGGUGGCAGUUGAAAGGUUAUUUACAGUUACAGCAACAACAAAAAACUAUUUGACAGCCUUCUUGAAAAUUAUAAGGUAACAUGCGCGUUACAUUUUAUCAGCCACUAGAGGGCAUGAGUACGCUAAAUGUGUUAACCGGAAACCUAACCAGAGAAAACGGAAGUUCUAAGUACUAGUCUAUUUUGCAACAGAAGAAGCGAUCACUUGUGUUGUCAGCAGCAGUCGUCUACAAACGGAUUAUUUGCUCGAAAUAGCUCAAAUUUGAAUGAUAUAUCGUCAAAAAAGUUAGACAUGGAGAGAUAGUAUUUGUUUGAGCAGACCUGGUCCGUUAAGACCGUGUAACAUCUGGACCGGAAAAGAGUGGUCCUCACUGCACACCAGAGUGUGAGGCAGACUAUGACACAGUAUCAACCGCAAAGUAGCCGCGCAAACUUCUUCACCGUGAAAUCCGAGGUUUCCUCCACGCCGCCUCUCGCCACCAGUAUGGCCAACAGCACCGCUGCACCAGGGAAAGCUCUGGGUACAUCGGGCCCUGCUGGCAGAAUUAGUCCAGAGGGAACUCAGGUGCUCAGCAAAAAGAAGUUGCAGGACCUGGUGAGAGAGAUCGACCCCAACGAGCAGCUGGAUGAAGAUGUGGAAGAGAUGCUGCUGCAGAUCGCAGAUGACUUCAUCGAGAGCGUUGUCACGGCUGCCUGCCAGCUGGCCCGCCACCGCAAGUCCAACACCCUGGAGGUGAAGGACGUCCAGCUACAUCUAGAACGCCAGUGGAACAUGUGGAUUCCUGGCUAUGGCUCAGAUGAGAUUCGGCCGUACAAGAAGGCAUGUACCACAGAGGCCCACAAACAGAGAAUGGCACUGAUCCGCAAAACAACCAAAAAGUAGCAAGACCCUGGACGGAAGCCGUGAGCCACACCAACUACUCUGCGCUUUUUAGUUUAUCUUUCGAAAAGGUCUUUGUUUUGUUUUUUAGUAGGGGGGUGAUUAUAUUAUGAAGAAUGUGUGGAUUGGAGAGAGGUGAACUGUAAACGUCUGGUGCUGUGGGGAAAUGCCUCUGUCGUUUCACCUCGUAUUGUUAUUGUCUUCUCAUACCCCCCUACCCAUAGAUGUUUUCUUUACCACCAACCAUCCCCACAGAAAAGCAUAAAGAACUUGUUGAUCCUUUUUGAAGUGCUGUUCACAACAUGCUGGCCACACAAAGAAGCUCUCCUCCUCCAUCAUGUGUGUACCAUUCACGCAGUCGCAGAAGCCUGUUGUUGGGAUUGGGGGUCUGUUAGUGCAUCCAUCAUGCCUUUUUGAUAUACUUUUAGUAGAGUGUUGUCCAUGUUAUUGACUGUGUUGUCUACUCACAUGUCUUUGUUGAUAUGUCUUCGUCCACUUGGUAGAUGCUUUAGAACAGUCAUUUUGAAAAACUGUAAGAAAGGUUGUGGAUAGUCACACCUCUGUAAAUAAUAAAUCAACCUAGAGUAUUGAUUUUAAUCAACCUUUUUGAAAUCUAGGUCGCUAGGCUACCACCAAAUGCAACUGUUGUCAGUUUUCAUUGUCUCAUCUUAUUCUGUAUGGCAUGCGUUCGCUGUUGUGUUUGAUGAACGUAGUCAGGAUCUUUCCUGCUACGUACGCGAGCUGUUCCCACUUGAUGUAACGUCAGAAAGGUGCACUGGCUUUGGUAUGUUUCCACGGUAACCUGAUAUCAGCGUGUUUUUCGUCAGCUGACACCUUCACCGUUGAGUUGAACUUGUCUUUUCAUACGUCACUAAAAACGACUUGAUAUUAUUCGAAAUGAAUAGUGGAAGUGUAUAGUCUGGCUUGUAUUGCCAGACUGGUGAAAUGGGGUUAAGGGUAUGCUUAAUGGGUAUUUGUGGGGAUGGAGGAAACGCCAUUGACUUUGGAUGGCAGUGUUCUAGUUAAACCGUUUUCUUUUUAAUCCAUCAAAUAAAUAAAACAAGAUUCAUAUUUCCCUU